AUGGAUGCAAAUAAUGAUGACAGUAACAGUUCCCAAAGCCAAGGACCAGAGGAUGAAGAUAGGCUAAGCAUGCUGACUGAUGAUGUUUUACUGUCUAUCUUGUUGAAAGUCGGUUUACGUAUGGCCGCAAGGACAAGCGUGCUCUCUACACGGUGGAGGCAUCUGCCUUGGUUGCUACCUGAGCUCAGCAUCAAUGUCAAAGAUUUUCUGUCUGAUCCAGACUCUGACCCUAUUGAGGCCAAUGAUAUGGAGGAAGCUAUGGUGUCUUCAACCAAAGCAGCCAGGAGUUUCUUGUCUAAAUCAAGAGAAGGAUUCACCAUUUCAAGGCUGCAGGUUAAGCUCUACUUGAUUGAUACUUUCUUGUUUGACAUUGGACCACUGGUAGGUGAUGCAAUCGACAGUGAUUUGUUGAGAGAUUUGGAUCUCGCCGUUCUUGACGAGACAGAUCCUAUUGACUGUAGUGAGGAGGAUAUGCUACAGCGAGCCCGAGAAAUAGAGGGGGUUUUCAGUGCCUGCCCCAGUGUGCUCCGUUGCCUCACAAAGCUCUCUCUCUACCAUGUAAGCUUUGACAAAUCGGACAUGCGCCAUGUCCUGUUUGAGUGCUGCAAGCAUCUGAAACAUCUAAGCCUCACCCAAUGUGAUACUGGUCCUAAUGCGUUAUUUAAGAUUGAUGCCCCAAACUCAAAGCUCACUGUUCUAGAACUGGACAAGUGUCGGUUUGAGAGACUUGAGUUGGUGUGCCUUCCGAAAUUGGAGAAGCUCCGAUGGUUUACUUGGGUUUGGAUGCAACCUGAAAUGAAGCAACUAUGCACCGCAUUCAACAAGCUAAGGAAGCUCUCCGUGUGUGGUAUCUUUGUUGAAUUUGACAUUUUAUGGAUGAUGGCCCUGCUUGCAGCGGCACCCUGUAUUGAGAUAUUACAUAUCGAGGUAUGGGAACAUGCAUGUGAUCUGGAUGACGAGGACGGACGGCGUUACUUCCAUGAAAGGAGGACUCCUCAGUGGGAUAUGCAGUUUGACGAGACCAAGAAUUGUCUUUUAAAAGAGCUAGAAUUCGUUGGCUUUAAGUUGCUGGAACAACAGUUUACAUUUAUAAGAUCCAUACUAGAGCGAUCUCCCAACUUGCAGAAGAUUGUUCUGAAAGGAGAUGAGCAAUGCGAGUACUGUGAUGCCCUUGAUGGUCCUCCUUCUCCUUCAAAAUUCCCGAAGAAGGAUGAACAAGAAAUGGUGGUCGAGCAAAUUAGAGAUGGCAUAUUCUCGCCGCAAAUAAUUUUUGAUCAAUAA